CCACUCACUCUCUCUCUCUCUCGAGUUAGCGAGCAGUGUCACUCCUCUUGGCUUUGUGGGGGCACAGAUCUGAGCCCAUUUUUUCCCUGGAAUGCUCCUAUAGAGGUGAAUUUCGGGCGAUGUGAAGCGGGAUCGAGAGGGUUACGGGGGAUUGUAGCCAUGGAUCCGCCUUCGCUAGUGUCGCAGGCGCCGCUGCCGGAGGUUUGGCAGUUCCCGAAGGUCGGAGUACCGCCGGGGGGGCCGAGGGUUGGACGAAUGGUGCCGGGACCGGAGGCCUCUGCGGUGGGGAAUCGGGAUGGGUCGCUGGAUGAUUCGACGGUCACCGAGCAGAGCGGCGGGAGCCGGGGGAGGAGGAAGCGGAGGGAUUCCGCUUCCGAGGAUGAGUCGUCCAAGCUCGUCUCCACCAGCAGCGGCAAUGACCUGACUGAUUCUGAAGUUAAACGUCCCGAGAUCAUGAAAUCUACUAAUGAAACUGGCAAUUUAAAAAUGGAGGCUGAGGCAAGUUCAGGCAUAUGCAAGAAGACUGUGGAUCAAAAUCCUCCACCCCCUGAGCCAUCCAAACAAGAUUAUAUCCAUGUGAGAGCAAGAAGGGGUCAAGCAACUGAUAGCCACAGCCUUGCAGAGAGAGCAAGGAGAGAAAAAAUAAGUGAAAGAAUGAAGAUCCUCCAAGAUCUGGUCCCUGGAUGUAAUAAGGUAAUUGGCAAAGCAUCAGUCCUUGAUGAGAUUAUUAAUUACAUCCAGGCAUUACAGCGUCAGGUUGAGUUUCUAUCAAUGAAGCUUGAAGCUGUUAAUUCGCGCUUGAACACUGGCAUUGAAGGGUUCCCCGCUAAAGAUUUUGGUGCUCAGACAUAUGAUACAACUUCUAGUUUGGCAUUCAACCCACAGCCAGCAAGAGAGUAUGGGCAGGGUUCAGCAACAGAAUGGCUUCAUAUGCAGGUUGGUGGUGCGUUUGAAAGAGUGACGUAAUUGCAACAAAUCCUCUUUCACGGGUAAUAAAAGCACAUUACCAGGAUGGAUCCAGGCUGUUAUUGUAGGCAAUUUAUCUUCAGAUCAACUAAGUUAUCAAGUAUGUUCCAAAUUUUAUUUUAUUUCCUGUUUGGAGCCGUUCUGUUGAUAGGGUCAUGAACAGGAAAAAAAAAAGUUGGAUAGUCUCCAUUUUCUAGCAUUGGGCAAGAUCAAGUUAUUUCCUUUCACGUGUUCUAUGGGACUUUGUGUGUUCCAGUGUAUCAGUGAACAUAUCAGACUAAAACUGUGUUGCUAUACUUCAUGACAUAGCUAAGGAAUUAAUGUUGUUCCAGAAUUUCUUAGUUA